UUUUAUUUGUGAUUUGUCACAGUCGAUAUCUGGUCUGGACCCACCCUAAGGCGGAAAGUGGAUCAACUCACUUCCCCUAACCAUAUCGCCGGCGGCGAUGGAAACCUCCGUCAGACUGCUCGGCUACUCAAACCGCCAAAUCUCCGUCGCUCUCCUCCUCAGAACCCCGUCUCAUAGCUCUCCCCCUGAACCUAUUCCAACAAUUUCACAUCGUUGCCAUCCAAUUUCAACUUCCCGGCUCUCACUAUCCGUGUACAAUGUCCCGCACAUUAGCAAACCAUGGAAGACAUCUUUUACGAUCCCCUCGUUCCCAACCUCAUCCUCGCUGCUUUCCCAUUCUCAACUUCUGAAUUCCAUAAUCUCCUCUGAUCUUUUCGCGCGUAUUUUUUCGCAUCCCCAAGACAAGCUCUUCGACUGGCAUUUUGCAUCGGACGGAGAAAAGGAGCGGGAAAUUUGGAGUCCCGGAAAUGACGGGCCUGUGGUGACUGUGGUCUUGCUAGGCUGGCUAGGAGCGAAGCCUAAGCACUUGAGGAGGUACGUGGAGCUGUAUAACUCCAAGGGUUUUCAUGCUGUCACAUUCGUAGCUUCGGUGAGAGAUGUACUUUCCUUUGAUUUAGCGAGGAAACUCGAGGAGAGGAUUGCAUCCAUGGCUAGUGAGCUCGCAUCUUGGCUGUCACAUCCAGAUAAGGACGGCCGCGAAAGGGUCUUGAUCUUCCAUACUUUCAGCAACACCGGCUGGCUUGCAUAUGGUGCCAUUCUUGACAAUUUGAGAAGCCAAAAGGAUCUACUGGAUAAGAUCAAGGGAUGUGUUGUUGAUUCAGGAGGAGACCCGCAUAUAGAACCUAAGGUGUGGGCAGCAGGCUUUACUGCAGCAUUGCUAAAGAAGCGUAGCUCUUCUGUAUUGCCCGGAGAAGUACAUGAGUUGUCACAUGGUUCCCCUACAAUGCAGGAAAAGAAGCCCUUGUUAAUGGAAACAUUGCUGUUUGAAGGAUUUGAAAGACUCUUCUCAUUUCUUCUGAAAUUGCCAAGUGAAAACCGAAGGUUGGUGAAGAUCAUAUCUACUCUUGUGAAUGACCAACCGCCUUGUCCUCAACUUUAUCUUUAUAGUACUUCAGACAAGGUGAUUCCAUUUCGGUCUGUUGAGUCGUUCAUUGAUGAGCAGAGGGGGAGGGGGAGAGAAGUGUUGUCAUUCAACUUCAGGACAUCUCCCCAUGUAGACCACUAUCGAACUUUCCCUUCCACUUAUGCUUCGCUGCUGCAGAGUUUUCUUGAAAGAUGUUUGGUCAAGGUUAAGAAAACAUAGUGAUCUGUUUAACUACUCGAAUAUGUCAAAUUAUAUUUGAUCUUCGAUUUUACAAAUUAUAAUUGUCAAAUUGUAUUUUUUUUGAAAGGGUCAAAUUGUAUGGAGUGGAUUAUGCUGAAAAUGACAUUCAGCCUUGAGACUGAUAAUUUAGACGAGCGUGCUAUUAUUAUUACUAGUAAACUCACCCAUGCGAUGCAUGGUUUGGAAAUUUUUCUUUCAAA